AGCACAACAGCACCCAUCUCGGACCAAGUCAAACCAAGAGUCUGCCUAUCCAACGUUUACUUUUUGCAUCAUGGAUAUCCCCAUCCAGUAUCCCUGGUACCGUAGGGCCUUCCAACAUCGACUCUCUGAUCACUCCAUGGCAGAACCUCUCACUGAUUGGCCAUUUUUCUGGCCCUUCCCCUGGUCCUUCAACUCGAUGCGCCCUUCAUCAAUGCGCUGGUUCAACUGGCCCGAAAAUGGAUACAGUGAGAUGCGCAUUGAAAAGGAUCGCUAUGUCAUUUUACUGGAUGUGAAGCAUUUCUCACCUGAAGAGCUGUCUGUCAUUGUCAGUGACGGAUCCAUCACUAUACACGGCAAACAUGAGGGCAGACAGGAUGACCACGGCUUUGUGUCAAGAGAGUUUCGGAGGAAGUACAGACUUCCUGCUGGCGUGUCAGGUGCCGACGUCACCUCCAGUCUGUCCUUUGAUGGUAUUCUCACCAUCACUGCACCUCGGUCAUCUUCCGGCCCUGACCACCCUAUUCCUGUUUCCUGUGAAGAUGGAGCACCUAAACAGAAUAUGUAGAGCGGAGUGACGCUACUCAUUACUAUUAACCCCAAGUGCAGCCUGUUUUUAUAACUAACUUGUUUCAGUAGUUUCAUAGUGCACUUAUGCAGUAGGCAGGGGAUACAGGGUUAGAUGACAAGUGCCUUAUAUUUAUUUUGAAUCUUAUUUUAAUUCUAAGUCGCUGCUACUCUAAUGACUCUGCCAGACAACGGUUCUUUUAAAACAAAAGCUAAUUGACUAUAUUUGACAAAGUGUUGCAUAGAUGUACAUACACCUCUGUGUAUGUACAAGACACAUUAAGGGUGAUGAUCAUAUUUGUAAAGCAAUUUCCUUUAGCAUUUCCAAAUGUUAUAUAAUCUCUGUGCUGCUUAGUGAUACACAAAUAGUUUGUAUGGGAUAUAACCCUGCAGCUCCCUUUUAGUGGAAAUUGCAAAAGUACAUUUUAGGGAGUGGAAUUCCAAUACUUUUUCAAAAUUGUCCUGAAGAUGAUAAAAGACAAAAAUUGUCAAACGUAUUACAUUUACAGUAAACAGUACUGUCUGAGUAGGUAUGCGUAAGAUGCAAACUGUGCUUUGUUUAUUAUUUUAGAAUAGUGUUGGUUUCUGUAUGUUUCAGGGAGGAGGGAGUUCUCUGGAAGCAUAUGCAGUCAUUUUUAGUGUGUUCAAUAAACACUUGGGACCAGGUGUGUGCACGUUGAGAGGAUGACGUGUGUGAAUGAGCAGGAGGGAAAAAAGGGGACUAUGGAGAAACUGAUGUUUGGAGGGGGACAGAUUUUAUCACUGGGCUCCUUUUCUGGUGAGGAGCAUUGCCUCUGAGCUGCUAAGGAAAGUGUGUGUGUGGAUGUAUGUGAGAGUGAGUGCAUAUGUAGAUGCAAGAGUUACAGAUAAUUCCUUCAUUUCGGCUCCAACCCUCUGGCAUAUUAACACAGAAAACAACAAAUAGAAUAAAUAUUGAAACUCAAAA